AUGUACUCCACGCAGCCGAACGGAGCUGACAGUGCGACAAUCAACCCAGCUGCCCUCAACUCUCCUGACCUGCUCAACGCAAGCACUCGCGGCAUCAAAAGAAGCCGCUCACCAGACAACCUCCAGGGAACCGUUCCUGCAGCUGACGCUGAACCAGAGCGCGCCGCUCCCGGGGGGCAAGCCGUCGCCUACGCGCCCGCGCAGGCCUCACCUCCGCCAAAGACCACCCCUACAAAGACCACGUUGAAGGCCCUGCCCACCGUCAGAGACCACACUACAGACCAGUUGAACCCCGCCGGUGACGAAUACCUCCCCAGAGAAAUCGACGAGUUUGGAGAGAAGAAGGUGAUGCCCAACGGCCAGCUUCUGGGUGGCCGCGAAUACCGAUGCCGGACGUUCUUGGUUCCCAACCGGGGCGACAAGCUGUUUAUGCUGGCGACUGAGUGCGCGAGGGUGCUGGGAUACCGAGAUUCGUAUUUGCUCUUCAACAAGAACAGGUCGCUCUACAAGAUCAUUGCCAGCCAGCCCGAGAAGGAUGACCUCGUCAGCCAGGAAAUCCUGCCCUUCUCAUAUCGGUCCAGACAGAUUGCCAUUGUCACAGCACGAUCCAUGUUCCGCCAAUUUGGAAGUCGCGUCAUUGUCAACGGUAGAAGAGUGCGUGACGACUACUGGGAAACCAAGGCCCGCAAGCAAGGAUUCACAGAGGCCGACCCCGCCGGUGAGAAGCGUCCCGGAGCGGCCAAGGCUAGGGAGGCCGCAGCCGAGGCCCAGAACCAGGUCCUGCUUGGAGGCCCUCACGGUGAAAUCGUUUACAGCAACACGCCCAGUCAAUUCCCCGGCGCCCCUCAACCCCAGAUCGUCCAACCAGGUAUGCUUGGAGCGCCAACCGGAACCACGACCAGAAUGCCCGUGAUAACACUAGGAUCAGAGCUCAGUGACAACCGCCCUCGCGACUACAGUGGGAUUCUCAAGGGCGGCCCACGCCAGGAGAUCACCGGGCCGGCUUACCAGGACCAGACGCGACCUGCUCAGCUUGGGGAGGUCCACACUCAGGCGCACCAUGCCGCCGAAUACAACCGGACACUGAACCAGCAACGAGAGAUGCGCGGCGACUACCUCCAGGGCAUCUGGAGACGGCCGCAUGAACAGCCGCAGUCUGCCAACCUUACUCAGAACGUCGCCACAAGCGAUGCGGCUGCUCCCACUACGCGUGCGACUCAGUCACCACACACGUCGGCCAGCAAUAUGCCGCAGUCGGGUAUCGUGUCCAACCAAAGCCCCCAGCAGAUGAUGAUGACAGCACCGCCGUACUCCCAAUCGAUUCACGCGCAGAACCCGAUCAGUCAGGCUCCGAUGAGAGGUAUGGCCCAACCAUCUUCCCAAAAGAACAGCAAGCCAACGACUUUGCCUGCAGCAGGGAGUACGAGUAGCAUGCCUCAAGGCGCUCAAGGCUACCACUACCCUGGAACCGGCCAGAUGUGGCCUCAAACGCAGCAAAACCCUCAACAGCACAACUACUCCGGGUACACGACGCAAGGCCAGCAGUCGCACCAGCAGCCUCCAGCUCCUCAACUACGACACGCGAACAGCGGUGUGCAGCCGGGGAUGCAGUUUUCGGGGAUGCCUGGCAUGGGACAGAGCUAUGGAGCUGGCCAGGGGAUUUACCCCACGGACCAGACUCCUCGCCAGUAUAUGCCUCAGCCGAACCAAGGAUCUCCGGCCGUGACACAGGCCUGGUCGAACCAACAGACGCCUGCGCAGUGGUGGACGAACCAACCUCAAUGA